GGGAGAAAAUGUCUCCCCCCAUUGAUUUAUUUAUUUACAAGUCUAUCUUUAAGUUCAGUCGGGCUGAGAAACCACCACGAGUGUAAUUUUAAGGCAGGAGGAUUGAUGGGCUGCAGCCGCCGGACCGCGUCCGUUCUAUGCUUCGUGGCGGCCACCACUGCACCUGCGACCAUGAGCGGGUUAAUGCUGGAUGUCUGGCUGACAGCAGGACAGGGGGGGAGGAAAGGGAAGCUUAAAUGAGUGAGAGGCAGGGGGCAGAGAGAAAGAGGAGUGACAGAAUGAUAGAGUGAAUUAAUUCAACCUUAGACAGACCUGAUUGACUCUGUAGUAAACCGGCAUGUGCAAACAUCCACAGUGACACCAGAGCCAUGGAGAGAGAAAAGAGGAAUGACAUGUCUUCCUCCAGAAAGAGAAGUUUCACUUUUGGGGCGUAUGGAAGUGUGGACGGACACACAUGUGAGGAUGAGACGAGACCUGAAUCUGCUGAGGGAAACAUACUGGACAUCCUGGACUCUCCUCCCAGGGACAGACAGCCGUCCCGCUCUGCCAGCAGCAACCAGAGGGACACAGAGUUUUUUGAAAUCAUUGAAAAGCUGCAGGGCAGCAGGAUCGAUGAGCAGCGGUGUGAAUUCCCUCUUCCUCUGAAGUCGCGGCUUCUGACGAUAGGUGGAGAACUGCCGCUUGUCCUCUCUCCGAAGCUGGGGGGCUACUGGGUAGACCCCCCUCUGGAGAGGCUGGCGGAUGUGAGUCCCACCUCCUCGUGCCACGGCCUCGAUCCAGAGAGCUACGACCUCAUGGAGAGAGACGCGGAGGCCAGAAUCUACCACGAGUUCUUCCGCUCGCGGUACCAUCACUCGUUCACGGCUGUGGAUCCGUCGCUGGGGCCCCUGGUUCUCUCCGUGCUCUUGGAGGAAGAGGAGAGCAGGCUGCGGGUGAUACUGAGAAUGAAGGAGUGCUCCCUUCAUGGAGUUUUCUCUGUCUCUCUUUUCCCAAACAUCCCAUCUGCUGUCGAGUUAGCAAAGAUGCUCUGCGACAGAGUGACUGUCUCAAAAUUUGAAGCGAUCAGCUACCUAAAGGCUCCAGAACUCAUAACUGCAUUCGAUGAACACAGAGUGUCUCCUAAUUUCAAGUUUGGCAUUUUGUACCAAAAGAACGGGCAGUUCACAGAGGAAGACAUUCUUUGUAACACGGAGGAAAGCGAAGAGUUUAAAGAGCUCCUUUCUAUUUUGGGAGAGACGAUUCAACUGCAAGGCUUCGCCGGAUUCCGAGGAGGGCUGGACGUGUGUCACGGUCAGACAGGAAGGGAAGCCGUCGCUACUUCCUUUCACGGCCGGGAAAUCAUGUUCCAUGUUGCAACUAAACUGCCGUUCACAGACGGCGACCCGCAGCAGUUACAGAGGAAAAGACACAUCGGCAAUGACAUUGUGGCUUUGGUCUACCAGGAGGGACAAACUCCCUUUUUAUCUGAUGUUAUCAAGUCUCACUUCCUGCACUGUUUCCUGGUGGUCCGCAGGACUCCGGGUCCAGAGGACGCGGGUAAAACGGCCUACCGGGUGUCCGUCACAGCCAGAGAGGACGUUCCCCCCUUUGGUCCGUUCCUCCCGGAUCCUCCUAUCUUCACGGAUGGUUCCCUGCUGAGAGAAUUCCUUCUGACUAAACUCAUCAAUGCAGAGAUUUCCUGCUACAAGGCUCAACGAUUCAGCAGACUAGAGCUCCGCACUCGUUCGUUGCUUCUGGAGAGCCUGCAGGUUGAACUCGCCACACGUUCCAAGUGCAUGAUGGGAAAUCCAUCCCUGUCUGCUCCCCCAUCUUCUGAGGGUGCACGGGGGGUCUCUGAGGGGACAGGGGGAUUCAUUGAAAACUUCAAGAGAGCCAUCAGAGUGCGGAGUCACUCUUUCGAGACUCUUGGGGUGACCAGAAAGACGAGUGGCAGUGCGUCACAGAAGCCGAAGACAGAUAAAGACGGAGAGGGUGACAAAUCUCCAGGACAUCUGUCUGCUGACAGUUUGGGGUCGGCUGAACUUAAGGAUCAAGCAAGCCCUCAGGAAGAGACAUAAGAGGAAAUGUAGAUAUGAAUGUUAAAAUAAAUAUAGAGAUUUCCAGGCAUUUACUGCUGUAUUAUCAGCCGUGUGGCUUCAAUGUAAAUAGAAUGUAAAAGUAAAUAGUAUUUAUGUGAAUAUAAUUAUUUUACUGCAUGUCAUAGCAUUACUAUUUGACAUUAAGGUUAAAAUUGUAUAACAGAGAAAUGUUAAAGAUACAAAACUACUUGAAAAAGUCAAAUGUUUUGAGUUUGGACCUAACUGUUUUACUUCAAAAAAUUCUGGAAGUAGAGACAUGAAGUCAGGAAGAAACACAGUUUGGAAAAGCAGAAGAAAUUAAUUUAAGAUUGGCAAAUUUGACAGAAAAUAAGGAAUUAUUUUGAUGAUGCUAACAUAAAAAAAAAAUAUUGUUUAGAAAUUAUUAUUAUAAAUACAGUAGAUAUUGGCAAUAAGAAAAAAUAUGUUGAACCGAAUGUAAAAUAAAGCAAAAGAGAAGAGGAAGAAUAUACACCUAGUAAUGCAAAAAUAGAUGUAAACCUGUAUGAGUAAAAAUACAUUGAGACAAAACUCUGCAUUCAAAUGUUACAUGAGUACAAGAAACAGUAGUACAUAAUGAGACUUAUAUUAAAUAUAUUUAUAAGAUGUAAACAUAUAUGUACCUAAAUAUUCUAAAUAUGUAGAUAAAUAAUAAUGAAAAAGGUAGCAUAGACCUAUAAAGUACCUAUAAAUUCUUAUUUCUUUAGACGGCAAAAAUGUUGACAGAUAUAUACAUUCUAACAAAGGAGGUCGUAAUUUGAAUAUGGAAAACUACCUCAAAGAUACACAUUUAUCAUAGAAAAUGUUUUCAAUGCUCGUGAGUUGACUGACACUGUGUAAAACCUCCUCUAGUCCAGUGAGCGUCGCUAAUGAGCCAACACGUGACCCUUCCAGUCGCUUUUAAAUUCACAGAAGAAGAAACAGACCUGGUAGAAGAAGAAAACGAAGGUCAACGAACGCUGUGCGGUUGCGCCAGAGGAGGGCGGUAAUGCGGUGGUUGGUUUGCUUUAUCAGUCCACUGGCGGCCAGACCUGGUUACUAAUUAUAUAUCCCCGUUGUUGUUCUAUCUCUAGCUAACUGUAGUUUAUCUAUAGCUAACGCUAAUCCAACGGAACAAAGUAACGUUAACUACGCAUCAAGCUAACUUUGCGCGGAUUGGCCCGUGAAAGACAGCGGUGAGAUAAGUAAAGUUAACACAUCGCAGACUAGUUCGACGCACGCAGCGCUGCACCGA